GAGUCAGUUCCGCGGUAGAGGUGACCUGACUCUCUGAGGCUCAUUUUGCAGUUGUUGAAAUUGUCCCCGCAGUUUUCAGCCAUGCCCCCUGUUUUAGAAAAUUGGUGUAUCCUUUUGUUUCCUUCACGUAAUUCACCAAUGGAUUCCCUGGCCUAAAAUAGUACCAACUACAUGAUAGGAACUUAAUGCUGUUUUGUUUAAUGAAUGAAUUAAAUGAGACAACAGCUCAUCAGUGGAUUUAUAAGUCUGAACCAAUCAGAGUCCUUGUGACUGGAGCAGCUGGUCAAAUUGCAUAUUCACUGCUGUAUAGUAUUGGAAAUGGAUCCGUCUUUGGUAAAGAUCAGCCUAUAAUUCUUGUGCUGUUGGAUAUCACCCCCAUGAUGGAUGUCCUGGACGGUGUCCUAAUGGAACUGCAAGACUGUGCCCUUCCCCUCCUGAAAGAUGUCAUCGCAACAGAUAAAGAAGAGGUUGCCUUCAAAGACCUGGAUGUGGCCAUUCUCGUGGGCUCCAUGCCAAGAAGAGAAGGCAUGGAGAGAAAAGAUUUACUGAAAGCAAAUGUGAAAAUCUUCAAAUCCCAGGGUGCAGCCUUAGACAAAUACGCCAAGAAGUCAGUUAAGGUUAUUGUUGUGGGUAACCCAGCCAAUACCAACUGCCUGACUGCGUCCAAGUCGGCUCCAUCCAUCCCCAAGGAGAACUUCAGUUGCUUGACUCGUUUGGAUCACAACCGAGCUAAAGCUCAAAUUGCUCUUAAACUUGGUGUGACUGCUAAUGAUGUAAAGAAUGUCAUUAUCUGGGGAAACCAUUCCUCGACUCAGUAUCCAGAUGUCAACCAUGCCAAGGUGAAAUUGCAAGGAAAGGAAGUUGGUGUUUACGAAGCUCUGAAAGAUGACAGCUGGCUCAAGGGAGAAUUUGUCACGACUGUGCAGCAGCGUGGCGCUGCUGUCAUCAAGGCUCGAAAACUAUCCAGUGCAAUGUCUGCUGCAAAAGCCAUCUGUGACCACGUCAGGGACAUCUGGUUUGGAACCCCAGAGGGAGAGUUUGUGUCCAUGGGUGUUAUCUCUGAUGGCAACUCCUAUGGUGUUCCUGAUGAUCUGCUCUACUCAUUCCCUGUUGUAAUCAAGAAUAAGACCUGGAAAUUUGUUGAAGGUCUCCCUAUUAAUGAUUUCUCACGUGAGAAGAUGGAUCUUACUGCAAAGGAACUCACAGAAGAAAAAGAAACUGCUUUUGAAUUUCUUUCCUCUGCCUGACUAGACAAGGAUGUUACUAAGUGCUUCAAAGCUGAAGAAUCUAAAUGUCGUCUUUGACUCAAGUACCAAAUAAUAGUAAUGCUCACUUAAAUUACUUGUGAAAAACAACACAUUUUAAAGAUUAUGUGCUUCUUGGUACAGGUUUGUGAAUGAUAGUUUAUCAUCAUGCUGUUAGUAUGCAUUCUAAAUAAAUAUAUACCCAAAUGAAA